UGCAAGACAGUAAUAUUAUCAGUGGAAUCAAUUUUAAGAUGGCGAAAGCCGUAUUCCUGUUAUUGGUGCCUUUACUGGUCCUCAUAGGUCUUCCGAUUUACUGCCUAUUCCUGAAGAGUCCUCCACCACUGCCAGAUAUCGACACCAAUGCCUGGUGGGGCCCAGAGAAACUAAAGCAGAAACAAAACACCAAUAUCAAGGACUUCAAAAUAAAGUUUACGGAACUGAUCGUAACCGAGUUACAAAGGCGUUUGAGAAAACACGCCACUUUCACGCCUCCCCUCGAAGGAGUUGCGUUCGAGUAUGGGUUCAAUUCUGAUAUUAUAGAAAACUGGAUAACAUAUUGGAGAGAGGAGUACCCGUUCGAAGAACGGGAGAAAUUCCUGAAUCAGUUCCCGCAAUACAAGACCAAUAUUCAAGGACUGAAUAUUCACUUCUUAAGGAUUAAACCCGAUGUACCACAAAACGUGGAAGUAGUACCAAUGCUGUUACUCCAUGGAUGGCCAGGCUCAGUGCGAGAAUUCUACGAAGCCAUACCUCUCCUCACGGAAGUAAGCAAGGAUAGAGAUUUUGCUAUAGAAGUCAUCAUACCAAGUCUCCCUGGAUAUGGAUUCUCAGAUGCGGCUAUACGCCCAGGUCUAAGUACAGUAGACAUAGCUGUCAUCUUCAGAAACCUGAUGCACAGACUUGGACAUAAUAAGUUUUACGUUCAGGGAGGCGAUUGGGGCGCUAUUAUAGGGUCUAACUUAGCUACUUUCUUCCCAGAUGAAGUGCUCGGAUAUCACUCCAAUAUGGCAUUCUCAACGGCACCGGCAGCUACCAUUUUCUCCAUCAUUGGUUCUUUCUAUCCACCAUUAGUAGUAGAACCAGAGUAUGCUGAUAGAAUGUAUCCCCUUUCUAAAUUUUACGCCAAAUUACUUGAAGAGUUAGGGUACUUACAUAUACAGGCUACGAAACCGGACACAAUUGGAAUCGCGUUGACUGAUUCCCCUUCUGGUCUCCUCGCUUACAUCCUGGAGAAGUUUUCGUCUUGGACAAAUAUGGAACAUCGCUCGAAGAAAGAUGGAGCUCUGGAAUUCCGUUUCACUAAAGAACAAUUGAUAGACAACCUUAUGUUCUAUUGGGUUCCUAGAUCGAUUACAACCUCUAUGAGGUUGUACGCAGAAAAUUUCAACAAACGGUUGCUGUCAAUGAAUCUGGAUCAAAUACCAACACCUGUUCCAUCUUGGUUCAUCCAAGCUAAACACGAAGUGGCAUACCUACCAGCGUGGAUUAUAAGGUGGAAAUAUCAAAACUUGCAGAAUGUUACCGUCAUCGACGACGGUGGUCACUUUUUAGCCCUAGAAUUACCAGAAUUGUUUUCAAAGGAUGUGCUUAAAGCUGUGGCAGCUUUUAGAAACUUUCACAAACAGAAUAAAGCUAAGACUGAGUUAUAA